AUCUAAAAACUCUUCCAUAUUGGGGAGGGUUACAAGAGCGAAUGGUACUUCGGAAGAAUAUUAACCCAAAACGUCUAUAUCGACGGGAUGCUGGAUUCCAUAUUCUCAUUACCAGUUAUCAACUGCUAGUCUCUGAUGAGAAAUACUUCAGACGUGUCAAAUGGCAAUAUAUGGUGCUGGAUGAAGCUCAGGCAAUCAAAAGCGCAAACAGUAUACGAUGGAAGACAUUAUUGAGUUUCAAUUGUCGAAACCGUUUGCUUCUGACUGGUACUCCAGUUCAAAAUAACAUGGCUGAGCUCUGGGCGCUCCUCCACUUUAUUAUGCCUACUUUAUUUGAUAGCCACGAACAAUUCAACGAAUGGUUUUCAAAAGGAAUUGAGAACCACGCAGAGCAUGGUGGAACAUUGAACGAGCACCAGCUCAGCCGACUGCAUGCCAUUUUAAAACCCUUCAUGCUGCGACGGGUUAAAAAGGAUGUGGUUUCUGAGUUGACUGGGAAAACUGAAAUCACAGUGCACUGUAAGUUGAGUUCUCGCCAGCAGGCAUUUUAUCGAGCAAUAAAAGACAAGAUAUCCCUUGCUGAGUUGUUUGAUAGCAGCCGUGGGCAUCUCAAUGAGAAGAAAAUUCUAAACCUGAUGAAUAUUGUUAUCCAGCUAAGGAAGGUGUGCAACCAUCCAGAGCUGUUUGAGAGAAAUGAAGGAACUUCUUACUUCUAUUUUGGAGAGGUUCCAAACUCACUUUUACCUCCUCCCUUCGGGGAACUGGAGGAUGUAUUCUAUUCUGGCGGUCGAAGUGCUGUUACAUACCAGAUACCAAAGCUGGUUUACCGGGAAGCUCUCAGAUCGAGCAUGCUUCACUCAACUAUGGCCCAAGGUGUAAGAAAAGAAUUAUUUGAUAAGUACUUUAACAUAUAUUCUCCGGAGAAUAUUCACCGCUCGAUACUGCAAGAAGUACACAAGUCAGAUGUUGGCUAUAUACGGAGCGGAACAUUUGGUUUUACUCGGUUAAUUGAUAUGUCACCUAUGGAGGUUUCAUUUUCGGCAACUGGUUCUUUCUUGGAAAAAUUGUUAUUCUCAAUUGUGAGAAGCAACCGACAAUUUUCAGAUGAAGUUUUGGACUUGCUGAUGGAGUCUGAGGAUGAUGAUCCCUAUUUUAGUCACCUUGGACGGGACAAAGUAAGAGCAGUGACACGAAUGUUAUUGCUUCCAUCUAGGAAAGGAACAGAUUUAUUAAGAACAAGACUUGCCACAGGUCCUGGUGAUGCACCAUUUGAAGCUUUGGUCAUGGAACAUCAGGAUAGGCUUUUAUCUAAUGUUAAUCUCUUACAUUCCAUAUACUCCUUCAUUCCUAGAACAAGAGCACCCCCUAUAAAUGCUCAUUGCUCGGAUAGAAAUUUUGCUUACAAAAUGCUCGAGGAACUACACCAUCCAUGGAUUAAGAGGUUGUUGGUUGGGUUUGCACGCACAUCAGAAUAUAAUGGUCCUAGGAAGCCAGGUGUCACACACCAUUUAAUACAAGAGAUAGACUCUGAAUUACCUGUCUCACAACCUGCUCUUCAGCUUACAUACAAAAUAUUCGGGUCAUGUCCACCUGUGCAACCAUUUGACCCUGCAAAGAUGCUAACAGACUCAGGGAAGCUUCAAACACUUGACAUACUAUUAAAGCGCUUGCGGGCAGGGAAUCACCGUGUUCUUCUCUUUGCACAAAUGACAAAAAUGUUGGAUAUUAUAGAGGACUACAUGCACUACAGGAAAUAUAAGUACUUGAGGCUUGAUGGAUCUUCCACUAUAAUGGAUAGACGAGACAUGGUCAAAGAUUUCCAGCAUCGGAGCGACAUUUUUGUGUUCUUGCUGAGCACAAGAGCAGGGGGCCUUGGUAUCAACUUGACAGCUGCUGACACAGUCAUCUUCUAUGAGAGUGACUGGAAUCCAACUUUAGAUUUACAGGCAAUGGAUAGAGCUCAUAGGCUGGGUCAAACUAAGGAUGUUACUGUUUAUCGCUUAAUCUGUAAAGAGACGGUUGAAGAGAAAAUUCUGCAGAGAGCUAGUCAGAAGAAUACCGUGCAACAGCUUGUCAUGACAGGAGGACAUGUUCAGGGUGACCUUUUGGCUCCAGAAGAUGUCGUCUCUUUGCUGAUUGAUGAUAAACAAUUGGAGCAGAAACUGAAGGAAAUUCCUCUUCAGCAGGCUAAAGAAAGACAAAAGAGGAAAGGUGGCACCAAAGGCAUACGAAUUGGUGCUGAUGGUGAUGCAUCAUUAGAAGAUCUUACAAACGGUGAAUCUGUUGGGAAUGGGGAUGACACUCUUGAUCCUGGGAAAGCAAAAUCAAGUAGUAAAAAGAGGAAAGGUUCCACCGACAAACAAACCCCAAAAUCGAGGCCUCAAAAGAAUCCGAAAAAUCUUGAAUCAUUAUCACCCAACUCACUGAUGGAAGAUGAUAUAGAUGGCUCCCUACAAAACAUUGACAUGCAACAAAGGCCAAAAAGACUGAAGAGGCCAACUAAGAGUGUCAACGAGAACCUUGAACCAGCAUUUACUGCCACCCCUCCUAUGAACCGAGAGGGGAACCAUAACUAUUCUUUGUCAGAUAUCAGCACCAGUGGUGGGAGAGCAGGAGCUGAGGAAGAAGCAGUAAGACAUAAUAAUCUGUUAGCUGGCUGAUAGUACGACAAAUGUCUUAUUUUUUGUUGAGGUACCGACUCUUUCUUCCCUGAGGGAUUCAAGUGCAGGCUUGGACAGCAGAAACUUGUUCUGCUGGAAAAACGCAGUAGCAGAAUGAGGAAGUGCAGAAUUGUAUAUUGGUUGUACAGAAUAUUCAUAGGACUCCGAGCACGAGACUUCUUGGCUGCUAUACUUGAAGCAUGGUGAUGUACAGUAGGCACUCAUUUGUACUUUUUUUUUGUUAAAUAGUAAAAGUUAAUGUAAUCAGCCAAUAGUUGGCAAAAUUUUCUCCUGGAGGAGAUAUUUUUGUUGACAAUGUAAUCACAAGAAAUGAUCUUAUAGAGCCAUUAAAAGAAGAAUUCUUGAUGUUCAUAGGGCUAUAGUUGUAACCAUUAGAUUUGCUUCUUUAAGAUGAUAUUGAUCAUCUAUUGCAUA